UCUGUUUGUUUCUAGCCAUGCAAAAAAUCUGUGAAUAUAAUCUGAACCACGAAGGUAAAUGACGUGAAGAGCUCGAGAGGAACAUGUCCGCUGCAAGACGUGACCUUCAGGCGGCCUUGUGCUGCUACGUCGGAGACACCCUCCUCUACAUCGACACGGUGAGGGAAUUCUGCAAGGGGAGCCAGAAAUGGACGCUUCGGAGGAAGACGGAGUUGGAAAUGAUGACGGACAUCAAAGACCGGGCCGGCCGCAUCGACUUAACCAUCGACCACGUUAGGCAGUCGGAGCGCCGCUUUCAGGCCUUUUUGGAAUACGUGGCGAGCAAAGCCACCCAGGGGACCGCAGACCGCCGGGGCGCGGCGCUGGAGGGGGAGCUGGCCGCCGUGCUGGAGGACACUCUGGGGGGUCUGCAGCAGCUCGAGUCCUUUCUGGAUGCGCUGGAGAACCUGGCGGUCACCUCGAGUCACGUGUUCGCGUUGGAGAACCGGGUCCUCCGCCUGCCGGAGGGGAUCCGACCCGAAGACGUUCAGCUGGCCAUCUUUGCGUCGCGGAUGAUCUGCCCUCGCCUCCUCGGGUUCAAGAGAGACGCGAGCAGCUUCUUCCUUCCCAAACUUCAGAAUGUGGAGGUGCUGUGGUACCAGCUGAACGAAUACGUGAAGACCACCCAGGACAUCUGUGGGACGCUAGAGAAAAGCUGCCUCAGUGACUUCUCCAUGGAGAUGAACGAUGAAUCUCUGGUGGACCUCGACGUGGAUUUGUCUGAAGAUGCCGUACAAAAGAUGCUUUCUCAAAUUAACGAGCUUGAUCAAAUCAGAAUGAACCGGAGCUUCCGGACGGUGUUCUUGUUUCGGGGGCCGUGCUCCCGCUUCAUCGCCGAGUUCCAGGAGCGCCGGCCCGGCAUGCUGCGGUCGCUGACCGACCUGGAGGCGAGCGCCGUGCAGCUCGACCGCAUGAACACGGGGGCCAAGAUCUCCAGCGUGGCGGGCAGCUCGGUGGGCGCGGUCGGGGGCGUGCUCUCCAUCGUCGGCUUGGCGUUGAUCCCCGUCACCGCCGGAGUGUCUCUGGCUCUGACGUUGACCGGGGUGGGGCUGGGGGUCACCAGCGGGGUCAACGGCGCGGUCACCGCCGCCACGGAGAUCGGCGUGAACCUCAAACAUCAAAAGAAAACCGGCGAGAACUUCCGGAGCUUCGUGGAGGACGUGCAGCGGCUGCAGGAAUGUCUGGAGCAGGUCGCCCGGAGGGACGCCGACGGACCCGACGCCGGGGUUCAGGGAGUCGGCACGGUGGUCCGUAAAGUCGGCGGCAUCGGGAAACGUAUCGACGCGCUCGUCGAAGGCGCCUCGGCUUUAAAGGUGUUGAAAGCAGAAGAGCUGGCCGCCAGUGUGGGCAAAGUGGCGUUGCAGGAAGAGAAAGUGUUGCGCAACGUGCCCAAGGCGAUGGCAGAUCUCCCCGAUAUCGGCAAGGCGGCGCUCACGGGGCCCCUCGCCCUCUCCAAAUCCGAUCUGUCGCGGUUCAUCCGAGCCCGAGCCGCCGUCUGGCGCUCGGAGGUGGAGUCGUGGCAGAAGAUCCACGACUCGCUGAGCGAAGGUCUGCCGACGUCGGGGGAGAACGAAGCCGCCCUGGAGACGCCGUUUUAUCCGGAGAGGGAAAAGGAAAUGAACCUUUCCUUCAAUGAAGUGGAUGAAGAAGAAGAAGAAGAAGAACAAUGAGGAGCGGCCGUGUGACGCAGGAGACGAUGAUCAGCUCCGUUUCAGACUCACGGCUCCGACAUCGUCGACAUGAACUCUGAGGAGCUCUUCGUGGUUCUGCAGCCAGCACGCCACCUCACAGGGGCAACACCACUGGAACGGGAAUUCAUAUUUAUGUCUCCAGGUGCAAUCACUGUCAAAUGAAAUUAGAGCCUCAAAACAUUAUGCAGAUUACAAUCUGUAAUCUAGCCGAUAUGGGAGUUUUUUAGCAGUUGAGUAAACCAACAGGACAACGAGAGUAAACAAGGCUUUAUGGUUUUUGUUGUGAACUCGAGAAAUAAAAAAAGGCUGCAAGUUAGUAGGAUUAUGUUUUUGCCAACACAUGAGAACCUUGUUUCACAGAUUGAGAUGAAGAGCGCCAACAGCCACACCUUCAUUGUGUUAAUCAUUCAGGGGGUUGCUGAUAAGGCUCUAACGCCAAUAUCAGAGCAAAGGUCGACACAGUCCAAAGCUAUAUGCACAUUGUGUCUCUUUGUAGUCACUUUGUCUCUUUGUAGUCACUUUGUGUCUCUUUGUAGUCACAUUGUGUCUAUUUGUAGUCAUAUUGUGUCUCUUUGUAGUCACAUUGUGUGUCUUUGUAAUCACAUUGUGUCUAUUUGUAGUCACUUUGCGUCUCUUUGUAGUCACUUUGUGUCUCUUUGUAGUCACUUUGUGUCUCUUUGUAGUCACAUUGUGUCUCUUUGUAGUCACAUUGUCUCUUUGUAGUCACUUUGUGUCUCCUUGUAGUCACAUUGUGUCUCUUUGUAGUCACAUUGUGUCUCUUUGUAGUCACAUUGCGUCUCUUUGUAGUCACAUUGUGUCUCUUUGUAGUCACAUUAUGUCUCUUUGUAGUCACUUUGUGUCUCUGUAGUCACAUUGUGUCUCUUUGUAGUCACUUUGUGUCUCUUUGUAGUCACAUUGUGUCUCUUUGUAGUCACAUUGUGUCUCUUUGUAGUCACAUUGUGUCUCUUUGUAGUCACUUUGUGUCUCUUUGUAGUCACAUUGCGUCUCUUUGUAGUCACAUUGUGUCUCUUUGUAGUCAUAUUGUCCAUUUGUAGUCACUUUGCGUCCAUUUGUAGUCACUUUGCGUCGAUUUGUAGUCAUGUUGUAUCUAUUUGAACAUGAACUCUGAGGAGCUCUUCGUGGUUCUCCAGCCAGCACGUCGCCUCACAGGGGAAACACUACUGGAACGAGAAUUCAUAUUUCAUGUCUCCAGGUGCAAUCACUGUCAAAUGAAAUUAGAGCCUCAAAAUAUUAUGCAGAUUACAUUCUGUACAAUCUGUAUGAUCAUUAUUUUUAUUAUUAUUAUGUAAAAUUCAAUCUGCACCUUUUUUUGCACAAAUUAAUAAAUAAAUAUUUUAAAUAUUAUUCAGAUUACAUUCUGUACAAUCUAUAUGCUCAUUAUUAUUAUUAUUAUUAUUAUGUAAAAUUCAAUCUGCACCUUUUUCUUGCACAAAUUAAUAAAUACGAAUUUGAAAAUGAAAUGUGGUUUUCUGUUAAUAACAAAACAAUGUUAUCAAUUAAUAUUAUAAGAGAAAUACUUUAUAACAUAUAUAAUGGAAGCCAUUUUACAAUUUCACCACACUUUACCAUCACUUAAGUAUUUCAUGAGUAUUUCUUCUUUUUUUAAUGGUCUUUUUGUUGAAUGAGAUUCUUUCUCAGCAGUUUGCUCAUAUGACUGGAGGUUGGAAGAAGCACUUUAUUUUUGUAUGAUUUGCAAAUGUCAACCUUUUAUUGUCGUUAUUCAAGCAGCUAUAUGUGUUCAGAUGGUUAGAUGGUGUUUUGAUGCCAUUCCGGACAGAUUUUACAAGCUUUUUAAAGCCUCCAUCCUGCUUCGCCUUGAAUGAGUUAAAGUCCAAGCUGGGUGGGAUUUAUAUGGAGAUAAUGAAAUGAAAGCAAAAGCAAACUUAACAUUAUAUAUAUAUUCACGCCACCCGGUGCUAUUUACUCAUAUGUCAGAGAUGGUUCCAGUAUUUUGUCUCCAGUUAUUAUCUGAAGCCACAAGGAGCUGAAGACAGCGACCAGAGAAAAACAUGUCGGGGGGGAAAAGGUAAAGUUUUAAUUCCAGACCAGACUCCAGAUUCUUUUCACAGGAACGCCCAAAACAUAAUUAUUUACAAUAACGUCUAAUAUUUUUUGCUUGUCAAUAUACUUGUCUUUGUAUAUGUAUAUAUAUAUAUAUUAAAAAUGCCUGUUUUAUUGGCAUUUAUUGCUCUGUGAGGGGUGAAAUGU